CGUUCAGCACCAUCGUCACUUCCUCUUCUACUCUGAACUCGAGCUCCCACACGUCGUCGUUUUUCACUCUUACUCCUCCUAAUCGGCGUCGUCAUGGCGUUGAAGUCGUUUGUUGAAGUUGAACCGGAAUCUCACUUCCCUCUCGAGAACCUGCCGUACGGUGUAUUCAAGCCUGAACCGGGUUCACUACCUCGACCGGGCGUCGCUAUCGGAGAAUAUGUUUUGGACUUAUCGGAGAUUGCUUUCGCCGGUUUAUUUGACGGUCCUUUGCUCAGUAACUCCGAUUGUUUCAAUCAGCCUAACUUGAACAAGUUUGUUGGAUUGGGACGACCUGCAUGGAAGGAAGCUCGGGUGACAUUGCAAAAGCUGUUAUCAGCCACAGAACCAACAUUGCGUGACAAUGCUGCUUUAAGACAGAUAGCUCUUCUGCCUAUGGAAAAGGUGCAAAUGCUUCUACCUGUUGCGAUUGGAGACUAUACUGACUUCUUUGCAUCAAUGCACCAUGCCAAGAAUUGUGGGACUCUUUUUCGUGGCCCUGAAAAUCCUAUCAACCUUAAUUGGUUCCAUCUUCCUAUUGCUUACCAUGGGCGAGCAUCAUCAAUUGUCGUUUCUGGAACAGAUAUCAUUAGACCCAGAGGACAAGGUCAUCCAACUGGUAAUUCUGCGCCAUAUUUUGGACCUUCGAGAAAAUUGGAUUUUGAGUUGGAAAUGGCUGCUAUAGUUGGCCCUGGUAAUGAACUAGGAACAACAAUCGACGUCAAUGAUGCUGCAAAUCAUAUAUUUGGACUUGUCUUGAUGAAUGAUUGGAGUGCAAGAGAUAUCCAGGCAUGGGAGUAUGUGCCUCUUGGUCCUUUUCUUGGAAAGAGUUUUGGCACAACCAUAUCUCCUUGGAUUGUGACUUUAGAUGCCUUGGAACCCUUUGCUUGUGAGGGCCCAAAGCAGAACCCUUCUCCAUUGACAUAUCUUGUAGAGAAGACAUCAAGAAACUAUGACAUUUCUUUGGAGGUCCUCAUUAAGCCUUCUGGACAAGCUGAUUCAUGUGUUGUGACAAGAAGCAACUUUAACCACUUAUAUUGGACAAUUACUCAACAGCUGGCUCACCAUACUAUCAAUGGCUGCAACCUAAGGCCUGGGGACAUGUUUGGAACUGGAACUAUCAGUGGACCAGAACCAGAAUCUUAUGGAUGUUUGCUUGAAUUAACAUGGAAUGGACAAAAGCCUUUGUCUUUAGAUGGAACUACCCGUACAUUCUUAGAAGAUGGAGAUGAAGUAGCUUUCUUUGGUUAUUGUCAGGGCAAUGGAUACAAAGUUGGUUUCGGAAGAUGCUCAGGGAAGAUUGUCCCGUCUCCACAAUGAGUCUGAAUGGUUACAUUGUUCAGCCCAUGAGCAAUUUUGAAAUGUAUACAGCAAUUCAAGGCUGCUUUGGUUUCUGAUCAAAAUACGUAAAGUAGUAGAGUCAGAUUCGAGUUACAGUCUAGGCUGGGCCAAGUGUAAGACCGUUCUGUAUUAGUUAUACAUUGUUGGACUGCAAACAAGAACCUAUUUAUGUCGAAAUGUCAGACAUUUUAUAAAAUGAAAAUCGCCAUUGUGUAUCGUGUAUGCAAAUUUAACCUAUAAUAAUCUUAAACGAGACUUGCUCGGAAAAAUAUUAUCAACUCA